GCGUGUUUAACCGUGACCGGGGGGAGGAGGGGAGGAGGAGGAGGGAGAAAAGGCGUUUCCACGUUCCAGCAGCCGGUCACAUAGCGGAGAGCAGCGCAGUGCACACACUGACUGGAGGACCGAGCCGAACCGAGCCCAACCGGCGCCGAUCUGAGCUGUCAUCCCCCCAUCGACGCUGACUGAUUGACAGCUGGUCAGAACUGAGUCUUUCCCCCCCAUCGCUGCCGCGCUCCCACCCUUUACAACCAGCCUGGGAUUCAUCACCGGACCACUUUGAAUCGCGGCAGAAUCGAGCCGAACCCGAACUGGACUUUAUUCUCCUUCAGAGCCGCGCAUCUGUCUGCCGAGAGGAUCUGAGGAACCGUCCCCGCAUCUCUGCCGCUGAUUCCCGAGAUGUUCCAAAAAUCUACUGUGAGUCUAAGGACAGAAACAUUGAUGUUUGCUCCAGUCCCUGCAGACUGUAAACAACGAGGACGGAGAGACCAUGGCGGAGUACAGCUCUCUGCUCAGCGACCUCUCUGAAAACAUAACCAACGAGGACUUGGAGCAACUCAAGUCAGCCUGCAAGGAGGACAUCCCGGAGGAGCAAAGCAACAACAUCACCUCCUCCAAGGAGUGGUUCAGCUACCUGGAGAAGAACGACAAGCUGGCUCAAGAUAAUCUCUCGUACAUCGAGCACAUCUUUGAGAUCUCUCGGCGGCCGGACCUGCUGACCCGGGUGAUCGAGUACCGCACCACUGUGCUCAAGAUCUCCGAGGACGACGAAAUCGACACCAAGCUCACGCGCAUCCCAUCUGCCAAGAAAUACAAAGACAUCAUCCGCCAGCCCUCUGAAGAUGAGAUCAUCAAGCUGGCACCCCCCCCUAAAAAAGUUUGAGGUCCACACGAGCAGCCCUGAUCUUUGCGCUCGAUUUAACUCCCAAACACAUCUUAGCCCCCACCCCAGUACUCACCCUCAUCCACCCCCCCCAACCCCCAGGCAGGGACCACAGGCAGGGACGCAGGGCCAUGCCUACAGACACCCACGAGGCAACCAAUUCAAUCGUAGCAACACGGCUUUGUCCAAGGAUGGGGAGGGGUGGGGGGGUGAUGUCUGAUAAAGUUGGGUCAUCAUGUUGAAGAGGGAACCCAGUGAGUUUACGUUGUUUGAGCACUGUGUCUAAAUUCAGAGGCUGCCCCCUCCCCCAAGUAGCCUUCAGGUGAACCAUUGCAGCCUCGGAAUUCAGACCCCGCCCCCCAGCAGGAGGCAGUCUGCCGAGGUCAGAGGAUGUUUAUGCAUAUUUGAGACUACCUAUUCACCGAGUUAUUCACCAAACCAGCUAAACCUUCAGUGCAAACCAGCCGAGCAGAUCCCACCCCCAGUUUGGACCCCCAAAAAAAAAAAUCAGUCCAUGGAAAAUAGAAAGGAGCAUGACAUUUAUUUCUCCCUUAAAUCAUUCCUCAAACGGGACUUUUCCUUAAAGAUUUCCCGACAGAGCUGCAUUCAAACUCACUGAACCAUUCCUAUGUGCUCCCUUUAAUCUGAAAAAGGCUAACCACAUAUUUAAAAAGCAAAAAGUAUUUUAGUCAAAUAUAUUUAAAGUUGAUUUUUUUUUAUACAAAACGCCAGUAUUUGCCUUUAGCUGAUGGUAACUGUAGGAAUUCUUCAGAGGAGCUCUGUGGGCUUUCAGAGAUGUACAUACAAAAUAAGAAGAAUAUAUUCUACAUAUAAUAUAAUUGGCUGCAGUGUAUGCACAAACCACUUUGAAGAAACUAUACGUCUUAGAUAAAAUGUGUCGUAAUUUCUUCUCGAAUUAAUUUAUUCCACUGAUGGAAGACACUAAAAUUCUACAAUAUAAGUGUUGGAACAAACAUUGAAAUAGUGUCUCAUAUCAGUGCUAUAAGUUUAUUUGAGUAGAAAUUCAACUCUUAAGAUUUAUAGUUUCUGCAUUUCAUUAGAACCAGAGAUUGCUGCAGAAAUAACCUGAGCGUAUUAUUUAUGUAUUAAGGUGUGUCUCCUGGUACAGAAUAACAACGUUCCUGCUGUUCUUGUUUCUGACCCGUGUAAAGACACACGAGGGGUUAAAAAAAAAAAGCGUUAAAAAAUGUCAAUAACUGUGAUGCGCCUCGUGACCCGCCUGUGCCAACACAUUAGCUAGGCUGUUGAAACGAAGAAGCGUUCUGCUGAACACUGUGCACCUCCUCUCCUGCAGACUCCGCCCUCCACCCCUCCACAACCGUGAGAGUGCGAGCCAGCAGGGGGCGUUGCUCUCGAGUCGAUCCCCUCUUUCAGAGUCGUGUGGCUUUCUGAGGACUUCAGUGUGCAGAACGUCCUCCGGGCUCUAGGACUCAAAGUUUUUCUUUUCCCUCACCACCACACUCCCUCCCCAGUGCCAACGACCAGGACUUUUACUAUGACUGCAGCUGUUGUGGUCCCUUACGUGUUGUUUGCUGGCUUGUGUUGUAGUGCAAGACUUCCUUCUUGACUCCUAUGCAUCUGCAGACAAAGCUGCACUGUCACAUUCCCCUACAAACUGCUGACUCAUGGUUCGCUUGAUCCUGACUUGUUUACAUUAAAGCUGAGAAGAGUGCAGUGCUACAAAACACACGAAAAACAAGUAUAUGUGUCCAGAUUAAAGACAAAUAGUGACGAACAGGAAACCUUUCUAGGAACUGUUUUCAGAAAAUCCAACUGAAAUCUGAAGAAUUUUUGCAAAAAUGUAUUGCUCUAUUAAGAUCAAACCAUUUUAACCAAAUAGAAAAUGUCUCCUGUUCUGCCUCUACGGUUCUUCAGUGACUCUCCGAGUCCUUCAAACUGUUUUGCAUUCAUGUCGCUUCAGAAAAUUAGAUUUGUGCAUCAGAACGUCUGUGACCUAAACGAUGAGACUGUUUUCUUCAUCUGCGAGCCAGGCAGUUCACCGAGGUGCGGGUGUGGGAGGGGUGUAAGCGUGACUCAGGACUGGGACCCUGACAAGCUCUGUCCUCAGCUCUAACCCUCCCAGGAGAGCUUUGGCGCCAUCACAAACCCACUUUUUCAUUUGCAGACUUUUGCCUGAGUUUGUACAGAACCUCUGCAGGGUGGGAAUUGAACCCUCAACCCUGCUUUCUUUUAGAAAGUUUAACUGUGACUUUUCCUUUGUGUUUGCCAAACGCUGUGAACUGGAGCCGCUGUGGUGUGAAAGCAAGAAACUUCACGAGAAUAUUUGUCUCAUUUCUGUCGAACAGAAAAGAACAUUUCAGACAGACGUUUGAUAAAUGCCCCAAACACUUGUUUUCUACAUUUAUAUUAUUUUUAUUUCAUUUUAUUUUUCAAUUAAUCAUUUUUAUUCAGUGUAGUGACAGAAUCUGAGCAGAAAUGAGGCAAAUGCUCUUGCUUAGAUUUGAAAUAAAAGCUGAAAACAUGCAGGCUGCUUCACUGCAUCUUCGUCACACCAUGCUCCUCCUCCUCGCACAUGCACCCCCACCUAUCAUGAGAAGCUCUGCUUCUGUAACUGGAAGUCACGUGUUGGUUGUACCUGAGCUUUCUUUGCUUUGCUGCCAAAGGCAGAAAAUAUCACAUAUCAGACCCAAAAUGAUGUCAAAUCUGGAUUUCUCAAAGUACAUAUCAGCUGUGGAUGCAGAAAUAUUGCAGCAUUUUUGGGGAAUGGUGCAAAUAUUCCUGUAUUUCUUGAAAAUGCAGACAUUUUUGCACCAUCUCCCAGAACGCAAAACUAUUGCACAGGUUUGGGGGAAUGCAAAAAUGUUGCAGCAUUUCUACGGAAUGCAGAAAAAUUGUUGCAUUUUUGAGGAAUGCAGGAAUAUUGCAGCAUUUGCAGGAAAAUUUAAAUAUUGCAGCAUUUUGAAAGAAUGCAGAAAUGUUUCUUUAUUUCCAAAGAACGCAGAAAUAUUGCAGCAUUUCCAGGGAAUGCAUAAAAAUUCUUGCAUUCUUGAGGAAUGCAGGAAUACUGCAGCAUUUCCAAAGAAUGCAGAAAUUUUGCUGCAUUUCCAAGAAAUCCAAUAUAUUGCAGCAUUUCCCAGCAUCGCAGAAAUAUUGCAGCAUUUCCGGGGAAUGCAGAAAAAUUCCAUCAUCUCCAAAGAAUACAGGAAUAUUGCAACAAUUUCAGGAAAAUUUGAAAUAUUGCUGCAUUUCCGGGAAAUGCAUACCUGGAUCUGUCACAUGCGACUUAACGAAGCGCAGAGGAGAGUUCAAAGGAACUUAAACUGAAAUGCAUUCCAAUAGUUUCCCCUAAAGAUCAAGACUGUUUCUGUUUCUUUGGUUGUAAAUAUGAAUUUUGGAUAUGUCACUGUGUUUGUUUUUAAAUGGAAUUAAUUUAUUUAAUACUUCUAUAUUGUUGUCCCGACUUAGUUUUUGCUGAUCGCGAGUUAAGGGUCGGUGUGUUUUUCGCUUGGAGUGAUGAUGGUUUCUCCACAGCAUUGCUCUGCAGUAUUUCCUGACAUGUAACAUUUUCUGUUGAAGCGUGUUGUGUUUGAUCCGCUCGCCGUCGUUCUCUCUGCUCCUUUUAUUCAGAGAGUUUCCAAAUCAUGACAAAAAAAAAGCACUUACUCUGCUGUUUUCCCGACAGCUGGGACGAGCAGAAAGGACAUGCAUCUGGGUGGGGGGUGGGGCAUCUUUGAACAAAAGAAAAACCCCAAAAAGUUAUUUGUUUGAAAAUGAGAAGGAACUGUGGUUUAGUUCAUCAGGUGGUUUGUUAUAAACUGAGAAGCCUUUGUGUUGUAGUAGUUGGGGGAGGGGGGCCCUUAGAGAAAUGGGGGUUGAUUUCUGCUGACUUGAUUUCACUCAGUGUGAGACAAAAUAAAACUUUCUUUAAAGUCUUCAAAACUUUACUGCAAUCCCAAAAAAGUUUGACGACUUCUCUGCAAAAAUAUCUGAAUCUUGAAAGUAUUAUUUUAUUUAUCUGCUAAUGUGAGACUCUUUUAACAGGUAAUUUCACUGAAAGGAAAUUACUGUUCUUAGAAAAUAUGUUGCUCUUGUUGUUAUAUGUAUUUUUAAAAAAAUGACCCUUUUUGUUAAGCAAAUAAAAUCUGUCACAAUCUGUUCUCUUAUUUUAACAUUUUCUCCAAUAACAGUCAGUGUUCCAAAUUUAAGCUAUCAUAUUUUCAGCACUAUAGGACGCACCUCCAGUCAGUAACUCUAGAACUCAUUUGUAACACGCUACACGUUAGCCGCAUUAGCCGCAUUAGCCUAUUCACAUUACCAGUAACAACUAACCUUGUUUGCAACACAUAAAAAGUGGCUGAUACCGCUCAAACAAAUUUUACUAACUAAACUAACCCCCAACUUUCUUUGUAGCAUGUAAAAAAACAAAAAAAAAAACACACAGUCCGACACCGCUACACAUUAGCGCGUUAGCAUAUUUACAUACCUGUAAUUUCCAGCCUUGUUGGCAACACAAAAAAGUGGUUGACACCGCUAAAACAAAUUUUACUGUGACUAAGCUAACUCCCAAUUAAAAAAAAAAAAAAACAGUCCCACACCGCUACACAUUAGCCAUGUUAGCAUUUUUACAUAUCUGUAAGUCCAAACCUCAUAGGUAACACGUAAAAAAGUGACAGAUACAAAACAUUUUUUACUGGAGUAAAAUUUACUGUGACUAAAUUAACUCCCAACUUUGUUUGUAACAUGUAAAAACACAGUCCAACACCGCUACAUGUUAUCCAUGUUAGCUUAUAUACAGUACAUGUAACUACCAGCCUUGCUAGUAACACAAAAAAGUGGCUAAUACCAUUAAAACAAAUGUUACUGUGACUAAACUAACUCCAACUUUGUUUGUAACACAUAAAAAAACCACAGUCCGACGCAGGUACACGUUAGCCAUGCUAGCUUUUUUUGUUUGCAUUAGCGUGUUCGCGCUAACACCCACCCAGAAUUCUGCCAGCGUUCUGUACCUCUCAAACUUGCUUUGACAUCAAUAACCUCAAUCAGAAUUAAUCCAUCUAUAAAGCACUCUGGAUUACAAGGCGCAACGUCAUUAAAAAAAAAAAAAAAA